CAUGAAAGCGGCAUUGGAAUGCGAUGAAGUAUCCAGACAUGAUAAGUCUCCAUCCAUCAUGUCUGGAUCAAUCGAGUUGCCACACACAAACGACUGUGACACACCCAAUGUGUCUCUGCGCACCGGUCCAUGGCACGCUCUGUCGGUCUGUCUGUCUGCCACGGACGCGCUCCCUCACACCAGGCCACUGAGCUGCCCCGCCACACUGGCCAGCCUCCUUGCCUCUCUUGUCGAUCGACCAUUACACCACCACAUCACAUGCUGGGUUUGUGCGGCAUCUUCUUGGCCGCUGGCACGGGACGGCUCACAGCACUGGACACCCCACCACCACCAUUACCAUUGCCAUUGCCGCCAUUGCCACCGUUGCCGUUGCGAUUGUCCCCAUUGCCGCCGACGGGCCGCAUGGCUGGCCGGAACGACGCAGGCGCAGGAGGGGCCGCGGGCAUCUGCUGUGGUUGGUCAUCAAGGCAGACGACAGCCCGUCGCUGCUGGCCUGGCUUGCCUGAGGCUCCUGGUGCUGGUGCUGGUGGCUGUGGCUGUGGGUGGGCUGGUUGAGGUGGGGGCGGCAUGAGCGGCCGUUUGUCGUCCUCGUCAGACUCGUCGUUGUCGAGCGACUGGUUGGACCCGUCGUCACCCUUUGACGCACCGUCACCUCCAAUGUCAUCCUGCACACACAAAGGGAUGGAUGGAUGGAUCGGUGGAUGGGUGAAGGGGGGGACGUGUGUGUGUGGACUGCUUCGUUGGCUGACCAUGUCGUCAUCCUCUUCAUCGAGCACCUCUGGUCCAUCGUGCUCCAUCACACCCCCACCACCACCACCAGCACCGUCACCAGCAGCAGUUGGAGCGGCCCCCACCUCUAUGCCAGCUGCGGCCGCAGCGGCGGCUGCCUGUUGCUGCUGCUCCUGGCGCAUCUGCUUCAUCCUCCUCCUCUUGCGCUUGCGGGCCUUCCGUCUUUCAUCCUCCUGCGCCACAGCCUCCUCAACACUCCCCUGCAACAUUUAAACCACACCCACACACAUACCCACAUGAGAGGGUGGAUGGAUGGAUGGAUGGACGCUUACGGCCUGUCCGUCAGCGAGUCGUUCCAUGAUGCGGACGUACUGCCUGUCGCUGAUGUUGUCGUUGAUCAUGACGCCCUUCUUGCGCGCCUUCCGGCUGGUGCGGUCCAGCUGCAGCGGGUCGGGCUCGUCCGGAAUGUCGGCAGCACUCAGGUCAGUCACCACCCACGACGGCAGCUCCGUGGGCGCCAUCAGCCGGCCGCUCCGCACCAGCAGAGACGACACGGCCGCGGACUCGAGCCACGGCUGGUGGUGCUCCUGGUCACCUGAUGCUGAUGCCGGUGGUGGUGCUGCUGCAGUGGCUGUGGCUGUGGCUGUGUUGUUAUUGGCGGCAUUGUUGAAUAAGGGUUCGUCGUAUUCCUCAAAGUAGGCCAUUUCCUCGUCAGAACGGGCCAGCAUCUUGUUCAACUGCACACAGGAGGCCACUGUGUGUGGUGUGGUGUGGUGUGGUGGGUGGCUUGAGCUGUCUGUGUGUGUGUGUGUGGGUGGGUGACCUGUUCGGGUGUGGUGACUCGUGCCUCUUGCUGCUGUUCGCUGCCCUCGAAUAGCGACUUGAGCCGCUCCUGACGCUCCUUCUCCGUCGACUCGGUGUCGAACAAACCAGCCUGUGCACACACAGUGACACACAACACAACAAAACAUGUAAUGGGAGGUAUGUGGUUGUGGGAUGGAUGUCAUCCAUGGGUACCUGUAUGAUUUUCUCGUCGAUGUCUAGUUUGUGUUGUGCCUUGAGCAGCACCAGCUCCUCGACGGGCGACAACGUGAUCAAACGAUACACCCUACACACACACACACACACACAGACAGAGAGAGAGAGAGAGACAGGACAUUGUCAUGAGCGGUGUGGCGUCGUGCAGUCGUUGGCGUCAGGUCACGUACCUGACUUCUUUGGUUUGUCCGACUCUGUGGGCUCUGUUUUGUGCCUGCAGGUCCUGCUGGGGGUUGAAGUCGCUGUCGAACAGUAUCACCGUGUCGGCCGCCUGCAGGUUCAACCCCAGGCCACCAGCACUGCAACACACACACACACACACACAACCGGGCAGAAGCAUGAGCGUAAGAUGAUUGAUGGCGAUGUGUGGGUGCAGGAAGGCCGUCACCUUACCGUGUUGAGAGCAUGAAGAUCUUCUUGUUCGACUCGGCACGGUUGAACUCCUCCAUGCGCUCCUUUCUGCAGCAUCGGACCAACCAACCACCCAAGAAGGCCCACACGUGAGUGGGCGUCUCUCUGUCUGUGUGUGUAUGGCGAGUGAGCGCUUUCUGUGUACCGCUCGUCGACGUUGACGCCACCGUCGAGUCGGAGGAAGUCGAUGGUGCGCCACUCGAGGUAGUCGGCCAGGAUGUCCAUCAGCCGGGUCAUCUGGCAGAAUAUCAACACCUUGUGGUCGAACCGGAGCAGCUUGGGCAGCAAACUGACGGACAAUGGACACACACAAGACACACAAGACACAGACACUUAGAAACAGACGCAUUUGGGGUGAGGGUGGAGCUGUGGGUGUGGGUGCGGACCGGUCGAGGACUUCGAAUUUGCCUGAGACUCUGUAGAGGUCUCUGUUGAGGGUGUACUCCUCGACAAAGAGGUAGGGGUGGUUGACGAUCUUGCGCAGCUGCAUCAGGUGGUUCUGCAAACUCUUGUUGGUCACACGGCCAGACGAGUCGACAGUCCUGCACACACACACACAUGGAUGGCUGGAUGGAUGGAUGGAUGAGGGGGUCGCCUCGCCCGCUCCCUGACUGACCUGAGUGCUCUGUUUUCGAUUUGUUUGUAGACGAUUUUCUGCCAUUCGCUGAGCUCGACACGUAUGACGUACUCCUGCUUGUCGGGCAGCUCCUCCAACACAUCCUUCUUGAUCCGACGCAGCAGAAACGGACGCAACACCUGCACACACCCAAACACAAUACACACACCAACACACACACACAUGGGUGACCAUGUGAGAGUGCGUGUGGUGACGUGCUGAAAUACCGAGUGCAGUCUGUUGAUGAUGAGCAGCUGCUCCUCCUCUGUGAGUGCGGCCUCCUGCUCCUGAGACGGCAGCUGCGAAAACGGCUCGUUGAACCACCUGCACACACACAGCCACCGCACGAGUGUGUUGGUGGGCGAGUGGUUUGGUGGUUUGGUGGUGCGUGCCUUUCGAAGUCGUCUGCCCUCUGGAAGAUCUUCGGCAGCAGAAAGUUGAGCAAACUCCACAACUCAGUCAAAUUGUUCUGAUCGGUAGGCCAACGAACGAGCGAAUGGAUGGAUGGAUGGAUGGCACAAGCAGUCUUCCUGUGUGUGCCUCCCUCCCUCCUACCUGUAGUGGUGUGCCGGUGAGCAGCAGUCUGUGAGUCGACUCGAAGUCCUGCAUGUUGACGUGGAACUUGGACUUGGCGCUCUUCAUCCGGUGGCCCUCGUCCACAACGAUGUGCUGUGGACGGACGGAUGUGUCAACACACACGCGCAUGAGGGCGUUGCAUGCUAUGUGACAGAGUGAUGUGUGUGCAGCCACCGACCCUCCAUCUCUGUUUGGCGAGUGUGGCCCUCUCCCGGAUGACGUAUUCGGGCGUGGUGAGGCAGACGUUGAAGCGGCCCGUCUUGAGCACACCCUUCGACUGCAGACGCUCGUCCUUGGAACCCUGAUUCAUUGAUUCAUUGAUUGAUCAACCAAAGAGACAGACGAAGAUCCGUCUGUGUGUGCCUGUUGUGUGUGGUGUGUGGUGUGGUGUGGUGUGUGUGUCUGACUUUGAAUGCGACGCAUCCGAGUGCGGGGCACCUACACGGCAUACUCGGUAGGCACAUACGCAUACGAGCCACAUUGACGAAGGCUCCUUGUUUACUUCUCUCUCUCUCUCUCUCUCUCUCUCUGUGUGUGUGUGUGUGUAUUGUGUUGGGCACCAUUUGCGGAACUCGGCCUCCCAGUUGGGAAUCGUCGACAGAGGCGCCACGACCAAAUGCGGACCUGAUGACCCCACACGCACACACCACAGAGGAAGGAGCCGACGUGUGUGCAGGUGACGUGGAUGGAGAGAGAGUCUUUGUGCGUGUCUGUGUGUGUGAGACUGACCGGGGUCGCUCUUGUAUUCUCGAAGGUACGCAAAGAGUGCGAUGGUUUGGACGGUCUUGCCUGCAGUGCACACCACAACACAACACACACAGGGAGGGAGACCGAUAGCGAUCGAUGGACACUGCUUGGUGAGUGGUUCAGUUCAGUGGCCUCACCAAGUCCCAUCUCGUCAGCUGUCGUGAUAUAUGUGCAGCCAGGCAGACAGGGAGAGAAAGCACAACACAACACAGACAGAGAGACAAAGCGGGAGCCUUCAUCGCUGUGGUCGGUAUACGUCUGUGUGAGAGUACCGAGUAUGCCGUGUAGGUUGUUGUUGUAGAGCGACACCAUCCACUCCAGCCCCGUCAACUGAUACGGCAGCAACGUACCGCCUACACACAACACCACACACAACACCAUACGCAACACCACACACCCCUUUUCUGUCUGCCUGCUGUUCAGCCAUGAUAUAUGUAUCAUUACCAACGAGAAUCGACGGCUGCGUGACGGUCUCGCGAAUGGUGUGCGACAGCUGAUAGUACACGUCCCUCGUCAACCCACCGCCACCCACAGCACCAGAUGAAGACGCACCCUGCUCCCUCACACCAUCGUCGCCACCACCACCGCCGCCAUCGCCCUCGACAUCCAUCGGCUGCGCGCCGUCGACAUCGACAUCGACUUCACCGCCCUCGUGCUGCUGCUGCUGCUGCUGCUGCGCAUGCUCGUCGUCCUCAGCAGCAGGGGCUGGGGGCAUCGGCGCGUCAGCGUCUGUGUCGGAUGGUGCUGCGGGAUGCUCCAAUGGUGCGGGGGGCGCUGCAGCGGGGCCGUCAUCCAUCUGCAGGGGGGACAUGGACACCAGCACACAUGGGUGGUGUGGGUGGGUGUGGUGUGGUAGCGUUACGCUUGCGGAGCUCAUGCCUUCGUGCUGCAUCUCCUGCAUGCUCAUCAUGUCGUCCGACUCACCAACACCUCCUGCUGCUGCGGCUGCUGCCGACGAUGACGAUGCACCACUACCCACACACGACAGAAACCAACAUAGAACGACAUGAAGGGUCGUGUCAAGUGUGCUUACGCGGCCCCUCUGCCAGUUUUGCGUUGUACGUCGACUCUCGCGCCCAUGUCUUUGAGGAAGUUGUCGGUCUGGUCGAGGAGCUCCUGCAGCCGGCGGUUCUUGGUCUGGCGCACCAACGAUAUGUACUCCUCCAAGUUGUUGGCCUUCAACGCACGCAAACUGAACAGGCCAAACCACAGCACCAGACGACACGACAGAUGCACACGAGAUAAAGAGGCCUGCUGUUGGCUGAUGUGUGUGUGUGGUGGGUACCGGUUCUUCUCGGCUUGCUCCUGCAGAGCGGCCUUGCGCAACAGGACUGCAUCUGCAACGAUAAUGAAAGAGAGAGAGAGAGAGAUGGGAGAGGGGGGUGGGUGCAGACAGGUGGGCAAGUGGCUGGCUGGCUGGCUGGCUGGGUGGGUGGGUGGGUGGCCUACCGAUGUACUGUUUGCACGAUCUGGCGAGUGUGGUCUGCCGGGCCUGCUUGGACUCCCACUCCUUGCGCAACGACAGGUAAUGCUGCACACACAUUCACAAAACAGCACCGUCACGCAUCAUCUCCCCUCCCCUCCCAGCCCUCUCCAUCUCUGUCUGUCUGUCUGUCUGCCUGUCUGUCUGCAUGCCCACCGAUGGCAUCUGUGCGACGACCGUGCGGUAUCUGAUCUGCUGCAGGUCCUCUGGCUUGCUCCGCAGCGUCUCGUACGCACGGGACAACACGUCGUCAAACGUCCUGACGAGUGGUGGCAAGGAGGAAUGGCACACCAACACAACACAACACGUGUCUGAGGAGCUGCCUUCGGCCUGACUGACUGACUGACCUCUUGGCUUGAGCCCUGCCGAUGGGCUGCAGCGGCGGCCUGACGAGCGGCUCCACCCCCGAAGAGGUCUCCUUGUCGCGCACACUGGCGUCGCCCCAGCUGGCCGGCAGCUCCUCGCCCGACUCGACCCUCUCGCGCACCAACUGACACACAAUCCACAGACAUGAUCAUGGUCACGAUGACAGACACAUGGGGUGGGUGUGGUGUCUGUGGGCAGUGUGCAGUGCCCGGCGCACCUACCUUGUUUCUGUACAUGACUUGCAGGUCUCUGAGGUGCAGUUUGCGUCGCUCGAAGGCCAUCAUCUUGCGCGUCUCGGGCGUCCACACCACACGCUCCUGCAACUCAAGCGCCGAACCCGACGGAGGCAGGCUCAGCAUGUCACUGACACACACACCGACACACACAACACACAGACAGACAGACAGACGUGCAAGAUUCCGGUGGAUGGAUCUCUCUGUGUGUGUGUCUCACUUGAUGAGAUGCAGCCGGCUCUCGAAUCGCUUCGAGCCGCUCUGCGACCGGCCGUCACCCUGACACACCACACCAAACAAACAAACAAUGAAUCUCUCCCCACAAGAGGCCGGCCAUGAGUGAGUGGCGUUUGGUGACCUGUGUGGCUGCGUGUAGUUUGUUGGCGAUGAUCUCUCUGUCCUCAUCAGACAGCACGGCACACACCUGCAAGAGGUCGUCCAGGGCGGGGCAGAAGCCGCGCGAGGCGUACGCCAGGCAGGCCUUCGCGCGACACGCCAGCUGAAACAACUCGGACUCGGAGAACACAAUGUCGUCAUCCUCCUGGGAGAGAACAAACGAAUCGCACAGACAGCAGCAGAUGGGAUGAAUGAGCUGCAGGCGAUGCGUCAGUUGUUGGUUUCGGUUUGGCUGACUUUCAUUUUGACGUUUUGGUCCAGGAAGGCCUCUGCGGCCGUCCGCUUGGCUCCCCUGUCCGCCAUCGCCGCCAAAUCACCAAGGACAAAAGCAAGCUCAA